AUGAACUCCCUCAACAUCAUAUCGGCCCGAGUCUCCCCCGCUUCAAGUCCAGCACCCACUCGAACAAACUCCCUCAGUGCACUAAGCAUCGCCGUCAGCCCCGACGAUGACCGGCCACACGAUGCCGACGACAAGUCUGCCGUCCUGGGCAAGGACAGAUUGACAGCCGAGCCCGAUGUUGAGACGUGGCCUUCAUCGUCCGAGGACCGCGACCAUGCGAUCGACGAGAAUACCCCCUUACUCCCACAUAGCAACGCAAAGCCGUCCAGCCCGCGCGGCUUUCCGUGGUCUCUCUUACCCAAGCGCAUUGCAAACACAUUCAUCAACUCGAUACGAUGGGUGCUUUCCACACUAGCCGCACCUGGCGUAUAUCUGAUCGCCUGCCUCUAUGACCAUGAGGGCAACUUUGCGCCCCUUUCCCAGCUAAGGAAGCUCUUUGGCCUUCACGGGGGCAACGUUGAGAAGAUGGCCGUCGAAUAUCACGAGAGCAUGUCGUUGUCCGAGAAGGGCGGCCAGGUAGACAGCUCGGACAACAGCAGGGCCAGGGCAUCGCGCUUCCUCGGCUCAAGCGGCUCUUCCUCAUCCGGACUCUCAUCCGAGUCGGACUCAGAUCCAGACCGGAGGCGGCAGGGGGGCAGUCGGACUACAAGCGGAAGGCACUUGCGCUCCAAGUCGCUUCAAGACUCGGAGGAAAUAGCACCGGCGCGGCGGUCCAUCCGGAUACGACUGCACUCGGAUGACACGCUACGACAGCGGAAGCAUAGGAAAGCGCAGUCGGCGAGUGCUCGGUCUAAUGGCGAAUCCAGUGCUUCGUCCAACGACAUCUCGGCGCAUCUCAAGUCUCCCACUUCGCCAGUGGGAGCCCUCACCAAAUACCCAAAGACACCGGCCCCCCCUAGGCCCCUAAUACCCCGCCGGCAGCCCUCAUACAUCAACAUCGACCCGGCAAGCCUCAAACACCAAAAGACUUUGAUCCUGGAUCUAGACGAGACGCUGAUCCACAGCAUGUCCAAAGGAGGCCGCAUGAGCACAGGACACAUGGUGGAGGUGAAGCUGAGCACGACAUAUGUGGGCGUGGGCGGGCAAGCGAGCAUCGGCCCCCAGCAUCCUAUCUUGUAUUAUGUGCACAAGAGGCCGCACUGCGACGAGUUCCUGCGCAGGGUCAGCAAGUGGUUCAACCUCGUCGUCUUCACCGCGUCGGUGCAGGAGUACGCGGACCCAGUCAUCGACUGGCUCGAGUCAGACCGCAAGUAUUUCUCGGCGCGGUACUACCGCCAGCACUGUACCUUCCGGCACGGGGCCUUCAUCAAGGACCUGAGCUCGGUCGAGCCCGACCUGAGCAAGGUCAUGAUCCUCGACAACAGUCCGCUGAGCUACAUGUUUCACCAAGCCGCAGAUAAUGCGAUCCCAAUACAGGGAUGGAUCAGUGACCCGACGGAUGGUGACCUGAUGUAUUUGAUACCCUUCCUCGAAGGUCUGCAGUACGUGUCUGAUGUCCGGGCGCUCUUGGCUUUGCGCGGCGGAGAGGAUGGGCAGCACAUGGCCUGA